GAUAAGUGUGGAUCAGCCUGUGCUGAUCAGGGUUUGACGCCGUGUUAGUAGGAAUUGUCCCAGCACCCAGAGCCCCAAAGCCAAACAUGCAGAAAAUCCUGAAGAUCCCGUGCUCCCUCUCACAGAUGGAAAGUGUCUUCAAAUCUGGGACUGGCCUGAUCUCUCUCUGCGUUUCAUGCCACCAUGCUUUCUCCUUGCAGGCAAGCGCUCCAUCAACGUCACCGCCUUGACAUCACCUGGGAACAUUGGCCAGAGCGGCCUCCUGGGCUGCACCUUUGAGCCUGAUAUCUGGAUGGGCAGCAUAGUGAUUCGGUGGGCAAAAGUUGGAGUGGCCGGAUUGGUUCAUGAGUUCAGAGGAGGGAAGGACCACCUGCAAGAGCAAGACGUGGUGUUUCAGGGCCGCACAGCCGUUUUUGCAGACCAGGUAAUCGGUGGAAACGCUUCCCUGGAGCUGAGAGAUGUGCAGCUGUCUGACGCUGGUACCUACAGGUGCUCCAUCACCACAUCCCGAGGGAGUGGAGCGGCAGUGCUGCGGUACCAGACGGGAGCCUUCAGCAUCCCCAGGGUCCAUGUGCAGACCAGUAGCAGUGGGGACACAUUGCACUGCGAAGCGCCGCGCUGGUUCCCUCAGCCCACCGUGCACUGGACAGCAUACAGCAAUGCUGGGAAGUGCCUGCCUCAUGCUGCCGACACCAGCUAUGAGCUGAACUCUGAGAAUAUCACUGUGAAAGUGGUUUCUUUCCUGCGCAACAUUACAGCCAACGCCACAUACACCUGUGUGAUUGAAAACGGCAUUGCCAAGGCUACAGGGAACAUCAAAGUGACAGAUUUCAACAUUACAAGGGAGACCAGCUUGCACAUGGUGAACCUGAACACGGAGUCAGUGUCUUCCUCCCUUCCAGCCUGUCAUUGGAUGCUCCUGCUUCCCAUGUGUCUGCUGUCACUAUAGAACAUCUGGAAACGCUGUUGGACGAGGAGGUAAGCUUCAAAAGAGAAACUGAUAAGCAUACACCCUAUAUAGAGGCUAUGAAUCUCUAAUACAGUUCACUUCUGCAAGGCCAUGUUGACAUCUUCCUCUACCCCCUGAGAAGUAGCACAAGCCAUGCUUGCACUCACUUUACUCAGAUAAUCCUACUGCAGUGCGUGGUACCUUCAGUAAACGCUACCUACUGGGCACACCUUGAACAGGGCUAUGAGGAGCUGCCAGCCUGAGCAAUCCUACCUAGAUUGAGGAGUGCUGGGGCCAUCACAAAGCGUAACAGCCUGCAGGAUUCAUCAGUUUUGGAUGUGGGGCUCGAGAGGUAAAUUGAUGAUGGAGAGCCACCAAAAAAAUUUAAAAAAUAAAUCAGCUAAAAUGAACACUUCUGUCCUUCCACGCAGAACAGUCACUACCGAUACAGAUAGAUGGCAGGGCAUACUUCGUGCUCUCCUCCUUCUUGAGCUGAGAGGCAGGCAGUGCCACAAAAUGAAGCCAGUUAUUCCUUUGUAUUUCUUGUCCCUGCCAACAACAGGAUAUUUUGAUUUCAGAAAGAAAUUAAUUGUGGCAGCACAGAUGAUUAAAUAAUGAGGAGGAAAAGAGGGAGAUUAGCACUACUGGAAAGUUCCAAUUCAGAAUUAAACCCAGUUCUUCAACAGUUUCAACUACACAGGAAAAAUCUGCCUUAUUGUUUUUAAAUAAGUCUCUUAUCUGGAACUUCCUACCUACUGCUAUAGUAUUGUCUGUAACAG